GUUAAAAUGUAACUGUUUGAAAAUGGGCAGAGAACAGACGGUGUAAAUAUUCUGGAUGUGUACUGUGAUUUAAACAGAACUCCUUCUGAUCUGAGUAUGGCUGCAACACAAAGCGGCAUGACCGGGAACUGAUAAAAAAAACAAAACAUCAAUAGAAGGAACGAGUGUAAAAUCAGUCUCCUCCCAACCAUAUGGAGAGGAGUGGCUUCCAGCCCCAUGGGUCCACUGGCUCCAGCAUGUGAGAUAUGACCGCCUUCUCUUCCCCCAAAGGCUCUGCCAUGGCAGCAGGUGUCAGUCUGCUGAGUGACGUGUCCUACUCCAAUUCCAACAACAACAGCAGCAGCAGUGCAGGCAAUAGUGCAGAUCACACCAGUGACAUGGAGCCAGAUUUCAGACCCAGUGUCAGGGUCCCCACAGCAAAGUACACCAAGGUGGGCGAGACCUUGAGACAUGUAAUCCCAGGCCACAUGCAGUGCUCCAUGGCAUGUGGAGGACGAGCUUGCAAGUAUGAAAACCCAUCUCGCUGGAGUGAUGAAGAACAGGCUAUCAAGGGACUUUACUCCUCUUGGAUCACAGACAACUUAUUAGCCAUGGCAAGGCCUUCCACUGAGAUUAUUGAAAAAUACAACAUCAUCACCCAGUUCUUGGGAUGCGGACUAAAGACCAUAAUUAACCUGCAGCGCCCAGGUGAGCAUGCCAGCUGUGGCUACCCCCUAGAGCCAGAGAGUGGGUUCACGUAUCGCCCAGAGGUCUUCAUGGAGGCAGGGAUCUAUUUCUACAACUUUGGGUGGAAAGACUACGGGGUAGCCUCCCUUACAACGAUCCUAGACAUGGUGAAGGUCAUGUCUUUUGCUGUGCAGGAGGGGAAGAUGGCCAUUCACUGUCAUGCCGGGCUUGGAAGAACAGGUGUUCUCUUGGCCUGCUAUUUAGUGUUCACAUCACGAAUGAACGCAGACCAGGCCAUCUUGUUUGUGCGGGCAAAGCGUCCAAGCUCAAUACAGACACGAGGGCAGUUACUGUGUGUGCGUGAGUUUGCACGUUUUGUAGCACCGCUGCACUGUGUGUUCUCGAGUGUCGAACCACGAGCACAUGCUGUCACGUUGUCGCAGUACCUGACACGUCAGCGACAUCUGCUGCAUGGCUAUGAGGCUCGCCACAUGAAGCAUGUGCCAAAGAUUAUCCACCUGGUCUGCAGGCUCCUGCUAGACAUUGCUGAGAACAGGCACACGGCAGAGGAAAAAUACCUGUCUGAGAUCCCAGACCUGACAGCCGAGGUCGAGAAGACCAUAUCUCAGCAGGCCUUGCAGCAGUUAGGAAAGGAGAUGAGGGGGAAGGGCAUACUUUUGACCUUGCCACACACCUUGCAAUCCUCCACUGCCCCUCCUGAACAGUUUGAGAAUGUAAAUGAUGUUAAUAAAGCUCAGAUUUUGCGCAGCUUCAGUGACUCUGCUCUGCACACUCUGCGCUCCAGGUCCAAGGGAUUUGAGUGGCACUCAGGCAUGUCAAACCUCCCAAGUGAGCACUGUGUAUCUCAGAGCAGGUUAGUAGAAUCUCCAGAUGUUCAGGUCUCCAGACCACUGUUCACUCCUGAAAACUGUUCCACCUCCAAACCUGACUCUCUAGCUGGAUCCUCAUCCUCCCUUGAUGAAUCCAAGAGAGAAAUGGAACACAUGCCUCCCUCACCAGUUUGCAGGAAAUGUAUACCAUUGAAAGAGACAAAGCGCAGCAGAUCUUUGGGGUUUUCAAGGAACAACGCGACCAUAAUGUCCAGGUUGCCGACAGAAGAAAAGUUAGACCAGGGUAAUAGAAAACCAGUAACAUGUCAUGGCACUUAUACAGGAAGCAGCAAUGUUCCUUUCCUUUUGCUCCAGACUGAGCUUUCUCCAGAGGUUCGCCGUGUGCUGGUGGCUAGGGCUCUCAUGAUGGAUGUAGAAGAGGAGACUCUACAGAAUACCAUUUCAAUGUGGCAGGCUGAGUUAAAUUGCAGAGAAGGGGCAUGGGAAAGGCUGUGUAUUGAGCGCAAUCCACUGCUGCUCUCUGCUCUCAUGUGGUCAUGGUUGGAGCAGCUGAAGGAGCCAGUCAUCACCAAAGAGGAUGUAGAGGCACUAAACCAGAACAGCCACAAUCCUCUGCAAGCCCUCAGCAUCAUGGACAAGGGCCACAAACAAACCCUUCUGUGUAUCCUGGACUGUGCUGCACAUUUAAUGAAAUUGCCAGACGAAGUUGAAAUGGCUGUUCUUCAUCGUACAAUCAAAGCAUUCACUAGGGUUACCAAUGAUUCAGAGAAUGGACAGCUGAUCUAUAAAGCUCUUAUGGAAAUUCUAGUCCCGGUUCUGACUGAUAUGAGAAGAAAAGUGAUGGAAGUAAUACAGAGUUGAAUGUCUGUGCAAUUACCCAAAUUCACCCUGGUCAUUGUGGCAUCCUGGAUACAUCCUGGAUUAAUAUUUUUGAAAGAACUAUAUUGUGUUUUUCUAUGAACUGUUGGUGUCAGCAGGCUUGAUGUCUUAAAUGGUGCUUUGUUGUCACUGUUAUUCUUUAAGUUAAUGUAAUUUAAUGUCUCAUAAUGCACACAUCAGAUUGGGUGAUUAGUCUUUUUUUGUUGUUGUUAAAAAUACUGCCAUAUGUGUGCCACAUGUGCAUUGUUCUCUCAAUUGUCAUUCUUAAUCACUAUGAUGGAGCAUUUGGGAUCUUAUAUUUAUCUAACUAACAGCACUAUUUAUUAAGAAAUAUCUAAUUGUUUAGGUAUGAGUAAUGUUUUAAAAAAGAAUUCUUACACUGUCACAAUAUUGUUUGCCUCUUGUUUUUUAAACAUACCUCCACUUUUUAACAUAAAAACCAAAUACAUUGACUGACUGUGCAACAUAUUUUAUUAAAUAUUCGUAUGAUGUGUAUAGUAAAGCAGUUUUGUUUUUAAAAAAAAAAAAAGAUAAGAAAACAAAGACCAGUUCAAGGUUUGCUCUGUUAAAUGUGGAAACUUGUAGCAAAUGUAUGCUGUUUAUUCAUGCAAAUUCAAUUACACUAUAUAGCCAAACAUAUGUACAUACUUGACCAUCACACCUAUAUGAGCUUCUUGGUCAUCCCAUUCCAAAACCAUGGGCAUUAAUAUGGAUUUGUACCAUCCUGUUGUAGUUAUAACAGCCUACACUCAUUUGGGAAGGUUUUCUAAGAGUUUGUCUGUAGAAAUUUGUUCCCCAUUCAGUCCAAAGAGCAUUUGUGAGCUCAGACACUGAUGCUGGACGAGAAGACCUGGCUCAAAAUUGACAUCCCAUUUCAUUCCAAAGGUGUUCGUUGGAGUUGCGGUCAGGGCUCUGUGCAGACCACUGGACUUCCUCUAUAUCAGACUCUUUAAACCAUGUCUUUAUGGACCUUUCUUUGUGCACAGGCAUGCCGAAACAGGAAAGGGCCUUCCCCAAGCUGUUGCUACAAAGUUAGAAGCAUAGAAUUGUCUAAGUGUUACUGAAUCCUCAAAAAAAAAAAAAAAAACCAUCUUGUUUUCCACAGAGCCUUAAAACAACAAAAUGAAACAUGUAUUUGAAUUUAAAAAUGAAUUUAAAUAUUUUUUACAAAGAUUUUUUUAAUGAUGUGGCAUUUAACAUUUACCUUUCACUGGACCGAAGUAGCCUACGGUAGUUCAAACCUGAAAGAGCCCCAGACCCAUUAUCCCUCCACCAAAAUUUACUCUUAGCACUAUGCAUUAUGGUAGAUAGUAUUCUCUUGAUAUCUGCUCAACCCAGAUUCUUUCAUCAGACUUCCAGAAAGUGACACAUCAUUUCAGAAAACAUGUUUCCAGUGCUCCAGAUUCUAGUUGUUGUGUGCUUUACACCACUCCAACCAAGGCUUGACAUAGUGAGUUUGGGUUUGUGUGCACCAUCUUGGCUAUGGAAACCCAUUUCAUGCAGCUCCCAAUGCACAGUUCUUGUGGUGGUGUUACUAAUCCUAACCCGAGGCAGUUUAGGACUCCAUAGUGCAUAACACCACAGGGAAUAUUGCACUCAGCGACCCUGCUCUGAGUUUGUAUGGCCAUGUACCAUGUACCAUGGCUGAGCUGUUGUUGCUCCUUGGCAUUCAUCAUUUCACAGUAAUAGAUAGCACAGAUGUGACAGUUGGCCUGGAAAGAUCUAGCAGGGCAGAAAUUUCACAAACUAAUUUGUGGUAAAGGUGUCAUCUUAUGACAGGGUCAUGCAUAAAUUCUUUUUGCCCUUCAGUAUGAAACAUUUGACUGCCUAUGUUUUUCUACAGAGAUUGUAUGGUUAUGUGCUUGAUUUUAUGCACCUGUUAACAGUGGGUGUAGCUGAAACACCUGAAAUCAAAGGAGAGGUGCCCACAUAAUUUUGGCCACAUAGUGUACACAUUUCAUCAUUGUCUUCACAACCCAACUGACAUCUAACAUGGUAUUUGAAAUUGUUUGUAUGUUACAGAACUGCCCUGCCUGUGUUCAAGCUUUUGCGGAAUGUCCUCUGCCUCAUUUUAAUGGCAUUAUUUUCUACGAAGCUGCUGUUUUGUAAAUGUUUGACAUUGUCUGCUGACAAAAAGCACUGUAGCGAACUAGAGUCUAAACUUCAACUCUUACUGAAUGUAUAGGAAAUUUUAAGUGAACAUUAACCUGAACUAGUGGGAAAUUGUAAAAACUGACUAUUGACGAUUUUGAGGGACUUGCUCUUAUCUAC